AUGGAAACCGGCAAUCAGGAAGGCCAUGACCCGGAUAAGCUUUCCUCAUGCCAAGGCUGUCGGAAACGGAAAUUGAAGUGCUCCAAAGACCAACCGGCAUGCUCUCACUGCCAACGGCUAGACGCUGUUUGUGUAUACGACCUUAAGAAGAACAAGCCGGGUAUCAAGACUGGCGUGAUUGAGGGACUUAACCGUAGACUAGAGGCUUUGGAAAAUGCCUUUUCGGAAAGAGGCGAAACUGUCCGCCAUGAAGCCCGUUCUUGUGCCAACGACACGGUCGGGGGCUCAGAGCCUGCGAAUAUCACGACUAUCCUUUCGGUUCUUGCCCAGGAGCUUCAGAAGCUCAACUCCAGAGCGUCCAGCGCGUCCCAUCCUCAAUCACCAGCCGACAAGGUCAACCACGGGCCAAAUGCCUCGCCAGCGAGCUCGAUAUCGUGGGCGAGGCAGACGAAUGGAUCCGACGGCUACUUUGAGAAUAUGUCUUCACAAUCGAGGAAGAGGAGGCGAGUAGAGGGAUACAGUGACCGGCCUUUGCACUUACCAGUUCCAAUCGAGGAAUGUGUCGAGGCGGCAGUCGGUCUUCCGCCCCCUAGCGUGCUCGAAGCUAUCAUUGACGCUUACUUCGUCAAUGUGCAGCCGUGGAUCCCUCUUUUCCAUGAGACUCGGUUUAGAGAGCGCAUCCAUGACCCAAGAAAGCUGUCAGAACUUGUGGUGGUCCUCCACGCAGUUGUCGUGGCUGCUGCGCGAUACGUCGACCCUACCGACUCCCCUUUAUCACCGGAGAGUGUAGAGAUGCUAAUCAAGAAGUCAAGAAAUGUUGUCCUCCUCAAUGCCAUGGACGGUCUCACAAUUGAGAACCUACAAGCAUUGGUUAUUCUCGCUUUCAGCGAUAUUGGUAAUGGCCAAGCAUCGAAAGCCUGGUCCAUUAUCGGGUCGCUUACACGUACCGUGGAAUAUCUUCAACUCAGUGUUGAGGAUGAGGAUCAAGAGAAGCAGCCCCUACUAAAGCCGAUGCUUUCCUCUCCACCGGCGCAGAGUUGGACAGAGGAGGAAGAGAGAAGAAGGGUAUUCUGGAAUAUCUUUAUACUUGACCGGUUUUGCUCGAUCACCACUGGGUGGAAUACGAGCCUCACUGCCGAUGACGUGCGUCGUCGCCUGCCAGCGGAUGGCUUUCUUUGGCAUAAAGAAGAGCCUGUGCUUACGCCCUACUUCGGGAUUUGGGACCGUUCAGUUGCCAAGAUUGGUAACUCGAUAGCAUUCCUUCCGACGCAUUAUCCUGGCCAGAAGCAAGGCGAAACUGCUCCACAUACUACAUCCCCUACGUCGGCUUCCACACCACCCAAAAAUCCCGCGUCUGGUGACAUGUCUCAUGUGGGAGCCUUUGCAUAUUGUGUUGAAGCGACUGAGUCACUGAGUCAAGUAACCACCUAUUUCCUACAACAGAGGAUUGAUUGGCAUGACAGGCAUGAGAUUGCAUAUCCACAGCCGGGAUGGGCGCAGAUUGUCCAAUUGCCUAGCUUCUGUAGCGCGGAGACAUGUCAGAUAGCAGCGACCGAGACAGCCAACAUCACUCAGAAGUAUCUCAAGUAUACCGAGGAGAACAGCCCUGUCACAAGCCAAUUCGCAUACUGUGUCUUUGUCAGUGCAAGGCUGCUCUUAGUCCACUGGCGCCGCUCGAACUCGAAACUAUUGCCCGAGUUUUGGUCCCUUGCUCAUAGUCUCGACGAGAUGGCGAGACGUUGGGUGGGGCUGGGACGGUCAGAGCAGCAGCAGCACUCAGAGAGUCUGGCUGGCCGCUACGCUGGGCGUCUUCGAGACAUACAUCGCAGGUGUCUAGAAGACCCAGAUUUCCAGAUUGAUGUUCUCAAUGACUCUACGAUAAUCUCUGCAGUAAUGACAUCAUCUACUGGAAUAUCAUGGAGCCCUGGCGGAGGCAAUAACCAGCUCAACUCCGAGCUUGAUCAUGGAGACAGCAGAUCAGAGACCUGGAACAUGCAGCCUUCGUCUCUAUCUAAUUCUCAGAUACCACCGCUUUCCGAUCAUGGUUUCAUAACCGCUAGCACAGGGUACGACACGGCAAAUGAGGCAGGCCAGGUUGGCCCUUCGGAAUCUGCAGCCAUAGGUUAUGCGACAGGAGAAGCCAAUCCGAGCGACGAACUGUCUGCCAUAUCUCACAUCCUAUUGGAUCAAAGAUUCAUGGAGUUAGAUCGAGUAAUCUCCUUCGAUGACAGUCUCUUUGCUCCUCGGCUUGGAUCUACGACUGUUGGGCCUGCGAUGAUGGCAGAAUGA